AACACAGUCACACACAGUUUAUCAAAUCUUUUGUCUCGAAAUCUCAGUAAACAUUUUUUAUAAAAUCAUUUAAUAGGAAGUUACAUUUUUUUUUAAGAGUCAUGCCUCACUUUAAGCCUACAUUAAAACUUGAUUUACCUGGAGAUUUCGGCUUGCAUCCUGAACAAUCACCAGAUUAUUUUAUUGAGUCUCAACAGCAAGAAAAAUUAUUUGUUAAGCCCCCUAAUUGGUGUUCACCUGGCAGUGGAGUUGAAUUGCUAGCUCUCCAAAAUGAACGUGAUCAUGUCCAAAUGCUUCAACUUCAACAUGAUAUGCUUGAAAAUGCCAAACGACAACGCAUCACAAACUCCAAUCGAUUUCAUGAAAUCCUUGCGAUGCAAACUGAGAUUCGAAAGCGUUUAAUUGGGGCGAAUGUUUUUUUCAAAGAUUGUGAUGACAAAAAGAGAUUGGCUACAGCAACAAUUGCCAAAGAGAAGCAAAUUCACAUGGAGUUUAAAGAUUCGAUAAACACUUUAAAACAAAAUACUAAUAUUUUGUUUAAGUUUUAUGAGGAUCUUAGAAAAGUCGUUAAGGAAUUAGGACCAUAUGGAAAAGUUAUUGAAGAGGUUGCUAAUGUUUCCAAUAACUGUUGUUCGAUUGAAGACUGCAUGAAAAAAUGUGAUGCCUUAAUGAUGACACAAGUUGAAGUUUGUGAACUCCAAAAGAAUAAGCUUCAAGAAAUCGAAAAUGUACGUCUUCAAAUGAUAAAACUUACAAAUGAAGCUAAACUGACAGUUCUUGGGCUUAAUAAUGAACUUUCUGAACUGGAGAGAGCCUAUUCUCAAGUACAUUCUGAAUGUGCGAGAUUAGAAAACAUUAUUGGAAGCACAAAGGAUUGUAUAAAUGAACACAAAUUCAACACUAAUAGAAUUGUUGAUGAGAUCUCGAUAAUGUACCGCUUACUAUGUCGACGCAGAGGUUUAUGCCCGGUUCUUAGUAAAGAUGAUAUUGAAUUGGAAUGUGAUUUUAUAAAAUCUGAAAUUGAAAUUUUAAGAGAUGUUAUAAAUAAAUGUCUUCAGAAAUAAGAUUUGAAAUACUUAAAUUUUAUUGUGUACAAAGAUGACGACCUUAAAAAUCACAGUUAUAAUUUGGUAACAACGGAUGUGUUGUUUAGCUAACUUCCUUGGGAACGUUUUCAACAAUCAAAAUCAUGAAGUUGUAGUUUUUAUAAGGAGAAUGAUUAAAAUUUUUGAAAAAUGUUUUGUGAAAAUUUGUUGUCUUAUAAUAAAAAUCAUUGUUUGCAGGA